UUUUAUUUCCACCAUGCCCAUUUUCAAAUAUGAUUGUGGCUUGAAAAGUCACUGACAGGGUUUUUACACUGCACAGCUCAGAAGAGAAAACAUCUCCCUGUGAUUUAUCGUGUAUCUUUCAUCACUGUUUUCCUGUUCUCAAAAUUCCAGUUCAAAACAUGGAGCUGUGCUCCCAAGAGACAUCAGAAGGGAGAUGACACUCUGUUUUCUUUCUCUUUCCAUUCUCAUUUUGACAAAGAAAACAGACGAGGCAUGUUCUUCCAGCAGAGCCUUUAUCCUGACUACAGUGAAGUCAGUUAUGAUUCAUCUGGAGGUGUUUCUCUCCCUUGACAAUAUAAAGGACUAUUUCAGAUGGGCUGUGCUAAUGCACUUUGCCUAUGGCCUGUUGAAACUUGAAGCACUUUUUUUUUUCCCCCGUCUAAAACAAGCUCUGGAGUGUGCUGUGCUGGCUGUGAAGGGUAGAGGCUGUAAUGGAAUUUUAGAUUUUCAUUUAUAGUCCAUCCCUGCAGCUGGUUUGUGAGGAGGAGGGGGUUUCUAGAGUAUUAGUGACAGAUAUUUUAGCUUGUAUUUUGGCCUUGGCUUGUGGGCACUGGCUGGGCUAAGCGUCCUCCCUGGUGUAAGUCUCUGAACUCCUUUCUGCAAGAGUCUUAAAUCCAACUUGCUGUGGGGCUGAGUCUGAUGAACAUGAACAUGAUGAACAUGCUCUUUCUUACACAAAGCUCGCUUGGAAAAUAAAAAUGUAGUUAUGUGCUCCAAGUCCUAAAUGUGUCCCCAUACUGAACCCAGCAAACCCACGUUUCCUCCUGCUGGUAGCCUCAGAGAGGCACAACAUUGAAUAGGCCACUAUUUUUUCUUUUAUUUUUUCCCUAAAAAGGGGUCUCUGAAGCAUCCGAUGAGGAGCAGUAGCAGCAGCCCUGUGGCCAUCAGGUUGCAGUGAGACUGAACUCCAACAGGGUGAUCUCUGGACACGAUGAUCAAACAGGGUUUUCUGUGCAGAAACAUUGGACUCUCCCUUUUCUACACCCUUUGGAUGUUGUUCCCAACUUAAAAAAGGGAGGGGAACAAAGAGGAGAGGGAAGGCAGUCGAAAACUCUAUUCCCCUCCCUUUUCCCCAAAGUCAUCUGAUUUCCCGAAAAUACAACCAGACUGGUGCGCUCCCCACGGCAACUUCAGCCAACAGGAUUGUGCAACUCUUUCUGGGAAUUCCCCUUCCUGCCGAGAGCUUUCAAAGCCAGCAUCUCACGCUAGAGGGAAGGCUGGGAAGCCGCAUCCCACAGAUAGAGGGUGCUGCGAUAUUGUGAAUUAGAGCUCCCUUCCCAAAACUCAGCUUUGGGUGCGUUUGGAGGAGGGUGUGCACAGGAAGAAAAAAGAGAGAAGGGAAAGAGAAGAGAAAAGAAAACCAGACCUGAACUAUGGAGAAAAGGUCCUUGAUCUUCUUCUGUCUGCCCAUCUGGGCUGAUGCAGCCUCUAUGUAUGGAGAGAUCUUGUCACCCAAUUAUCCUCAGGGGUAUCCCAAUUAUGCGAAUGAAUCUUGGGAAAUCCAGGUCCCUUUGGGAUAUGGUAUUCACCUUUAUUUCACACAUCUGGAUCUCGAACCAUCACAGGACUGCGAAUAUGACUUUGUGAAGAUCCUGUCUGGUGGCUAUGUCGAAGGUGUGCUUUGUGGGAAGAAGAAACCUCGUGCCCCUGGCUCCAGGAUUGUGGAGGAAUUUCGUGUCCCUUACAACACCCUCACUAUGACAUUCCAAUCAGACUUUUCCAACGAGGAACGUUUCACUGGUUUUGCUGCCUACUACGUUGCUGUGGACUUGGAUGAGUGCAUGGAUUUUGUGGAUGAACCCUGCAGUCAUUAUUGUAACAAUUAUAUUGGAGGUUACUUCUGCAGCUGUCCACCAGAUUAUUUCCUCUAUGAAGAUAACAAAACUUGUGGAGUGAACUGCAGUGGAAAUGUCUUCACUGAGCCAACGGGGGAGAUUGCCAGCCCCAACUAUCCCAACCAGUACCCGGAGAACUCUCGGUGUGACUACCGAGUGGCUCUGAGCCCGGGCUACUUCGUGGUGCUGACCAUUCACAGAGGCAACUUCGACGUGGAGCCAGCCGACUCCAACGGGAUCUGCCACGACAGCUUAACUAUUGUCUCUGGAAAACAGCAUUUGGGUCCCUAUUGUGGCAGCAAAUUCCCAGGUCCUUCUGAGAUCAGAACCAGCAACAACAUUCUUGACAUAAUCUUCCAGACAGACCAGGGCAUCCAACACAAAGGCUGGAAAAUACGCUACUAUGGGGACCCUGUAACCUGUCCCAUGAAUGUCAUCUCCAACUCUGUUGUUGACCCAAAGAAGGACAGGUAUAUCUUAAAGGAUGUUGUGAAGGUGACCUGUGUGGAAGGCUACGAAAUUGUGAGGCAACGAGAUAGCAUCACAAGUUUUCUCUCCAGCUGUCAGGAAAAUGGUGAAUGGAGCAACUCCCACUUAAGCUGUGUUCCUGUGAACUGUGGAGAUCCCCCUCAGGUUGACAAUGCCCACGUCUCAUACGUCUCCGAACUCCAGGAGCCUCUGUACACAGCUGCUGUCCGCUAUGAGUGUGAGGCACCCUACUACACCCUGGAGAACAAAGGGCAUGGGAUGUAUCGGUGCUCAGCCAGUGGAGAAUGGGUCAAUGAAGAGAUGGGAACAAAGCUACCAAAAUGUGUCCCAGUCUGUGGGGUGCCUAGCAAUCCCAUCCGAGACACAGGGAGGAUUUUUGGAGGCACUCGUGCAGAAGAGGGGAACUUUCCCUGGCAGGUGUUUUUCAGUAACCCCAGAGCAAGUGGAGUGCUCAUCUCUGACAGAUGGGUGAUGACUGCAGCUCACGUGCUGGAGGGAGCCUCAGCAAAUGACAUGCCCCCCAUGUACGCUGGGGUAAUCAGUGUUCGUAGAGAAUCCCUGAUACAGGAUGCUGAAAAGCUUAUCCCAGAAGCUUCAUUCAUCCAUCCUGGUUGGAAGGAGGAGCCUGCAGAAACCAGGAUCGAUUUUGACAAUGAUAUUGCGCUAUUGAAGCUGAGGGAUCCUGUGAAGCUGGGUCCAAACAUCUCACCCAUCUGUCUCCCUGGUAAAUCACCUGCAUAUGAGCUGGAAGAAGGGACUCUGGGCUACAUUGCUGGAUGGGGCCGGAGAGAGAAAGGAAGGCUCCCUGGUGAUCUUUGGAAGGCCCAGAUUCCCGUGGUGAACAUGGACAAGUGCCGAUCUGUGAAACCAGACAGCUCCGACGAUUCCGUCGUUUACAUAUUCACCGACAACAUGAUCUGCGCUGGCGGUGGCAAGGACAGCUGCCAGGGGGACAGUGGUGGAGCCUAUGCCAUCCAGGAUCCUCUGAACGCCACCCGGUACUAUGUGGCGGGGCUCGUCUCCUGGGGGCCGAAAUGCGGCACCUUUGGCCUUUACACCAAGGUGGUGCGCUACCUGGACUGGAUCAGAGAGACCAUGCACCAGAACGAGGGUGAGGAAGCUUGGCAGAAAUAGCUGCUUGUCCUUCCAGCACUGUCACCCUGUCUAAGUGUGACGGCUGCACGGUUGGGCUGGCUGUGACCCUGUGCACGCUGUGUAUCCAAUGGGAAAUAUAUAACACAUUGUAACUUGUCCUGUCUGUGCUGAAGUGGAGAGUCAGGAGUAUGGACCUGUUUCUCCCGCUGUCAUUAUGUCUGGGAAGAGAAAUUCUCCUUCUUCCACUCAGAGUAGUGUAAAAGGAAGACAUUAUUCUGAAUAAAAGAGACUCCUUCAGCUUCCUUUCUUUUUUUUUCUAUCCUAUUUUUUUCCAUUUGGAAAAGACCUAGCUGUGCCCCACUGAAACCUGACAGGGAGGUUUCAAUGAAGACAAGAGAGAAUAAUGGUUGGUUCCCAUGGAAGGUUCAGAGCCUGGUUUCUGAUUUAUGUAUUUCCUGACCUGUUCAGAAUAUCUAACAGCAUUAAAGAAUGUCCAAACUGC